UUCACUCAAGCAUCAUGAAGACUAUCGCAGUUCUCCUCUCCGUCGUCGCCGCCGCUGUGGCCCUUGAGCCUUGCGUCUGUACCUACGAAUAUAGUCCAGUAUGUGGAUCUGAUGGUCGUACCUAUGGAAAUUUGUGCGGUUUGAAGUGCCAACAGCGCGAAGAUUCUGCUCUCACUUUAGCCUACCACGGAGAAUGCAAAAUUGAAAAGAGAUCCGCAGAACCAUGCAAAUGCACCAAGGAAUUCAAUCCAGUUUGCGGUACCGACGCAGUUACUUACGAUAACUUAUGCUUGUUGAAAUGCGCCCGUGAAACCGACGCCUCUGUAUACUUGCUGUACGAAGGUGCUUGCAAGAAGAACCAGAAGCCAGUGGAAAUCUGCACUAUGGAGUACUUCCCAAUCUGCGGCUCCGACGGACGUACCUAUGGCAACAAAUGCGAAUUCGACUUCAACAGGCGCACCAAGAAAGAUCUCUACAUCGUCAAAUACGGAGAAUUAAACAUAGCAUUUGAUAUAAAUUGUCGAGAAAUGCUUUCUGAAGUUCAGAGUUUAAUUUACUCAAGCAUCAUGAAGACCAUCGCAGUUCUCCUCUCCGUCGUCGCAGCUGCUGUGGCCCUUGAGCCUUGCGCCUGUACCUUCGACUACAGCCCAGUCUGUGGAUCUAAUGGUCGUAAUUAUGGAAACGAGUGCGAAUUGAAAUGCGAACAACGCACAGAUUCUACCCUUACUUUGGCCUACCAUGGAGAAUGCGACAAAAUUUGCUCAUGCACCAAGGAAUUCAAUCCAGUUUGCGGUACCGACGCAAACACUUAUGACAACCUGUGUCUGUUGAAAUGCGCCCGUAAAGAUGACGCCUCUUUAUUCUUACUGUACGAAAGUGCUUGCAAGAAGGACCAGACGGUAGUGGGAAUCUGCACGUUGGAGUACUUCGCAAUCUGCGGCUCCGACGGACAUACCUAUGGCAACAAAUGCGAAUUCGAUUACAACAGGCGCACCAAGAAACAUCUCUACGCCGUAAAAUAUGGAGAAGUAUGUUAAAUAAUUGAUCCCAAAUAUAAUUUUAAUCUGAAUAAAUGAAAAAUUGAACAAA